AUGCAGACAUACAGUGAGCAUAAUGGCCUUCCCCUAUUUAUGGGCAUUACUAAUGAAGCCAGCCAACAACUAAAUAAAAUCGCUAAGCAGGACAAUGAACCGAACAGAGCUCUUCGAAUCUCUGUCGAAAGUGGAGGUUGUCAUGGAUUCCAGUACGUCUUCAAGUUGACGGAUACCGGUGAGUACAAUGCCGAAGACGGAGGAGAUACAUUAUUUAUUCGAGGUGGUGCAAAGGUGUUGAUUGACAAAACUUCGUUGGAGAUUCUAAGGGAUUCCAAGGUGGAUUAUGUUCACGAAUUGAUUGGCUCUCAGUUUAAGGUGGUGGAUAGUCCUUAUUCAAAGAGCAGUUGUGGUUGUGGAUCCAGUUUCGAUAUUGAUUUCGACAAGUUAGAGGCUGCAGGAAGCAGCUAA